AUGCGUACAUCCGCUAUUGCCCUCGGCCUGGUUGCCGCUGCCCUCAGUCCUACCUUAGUGUCGUGUGCCCCUUUCCCAGCCGACGGAGGCUCUGCUGCUACUUCCUCUGGCGGAAAUGCUAGCGGGGGCUCUGUCAAUGGCCCCGCUAAUGGAUCCGGGCUAGGGACCGGCCUCGGGCUGAUCAAUAUGUUCUCCAACAAGGCUGGCAACGGCGGGACAGCCAACUCCGGCAACGCCAUGGGCGGGUCUGGGGGCACCUUUUCACCUGCUUCUGCCCCUGUUGCAGCAUACAAAGCACCUGCAGCCAAACCUAACACUAAACGUCCCAAGCCAUCUUCAGAGCCGAAGCCGGCUGCGGCUCCAGAAUUUCAGCCCCCCACAGCUGAAGUAGGGUCUGAACCUGCUAUGACAAUGCACGCUGGGGACAACGCCAACGCCGGCGCAGCUACUUCGGGUGAAGGAGGCCAAGUGUCCGGAGGAUCGAUCAAUAAUCCGGGCGGUGCCCUAAAUGUCUUCGGCAACGAGGCCGGUAACGGCGGUUCUGGAGCUUCUGGGAAUGCCGUAGGAGGCAAUAUGAAGAGAGCAGGUUCAGGAGGUUGGAAUCUGCCGUUCUUGCGACCGGGGCAGAAGAAACGAACCAACGGUGGUCCUGCAAGCUCCCAGCAGGGCGGCAAUGCAUCAGGGGGUUCUGUUAAUGGUGGAGAUGACCGGGGCCUCGCCGCUUUGAAUAUUCUCAAUAUUGGCUCAAACAAUGCAGGUGACGGUGGUCUCGCUAAAUCUGGUGACUCUUUGGGCGGUAUCGGUGGACACGUCCCAGAGAGACUUACCAACCCAGGUCGUCCGAGUAUUACCAAGGCGAAAUCAGUUGCCGGAUCUGGAGGGCAGGCCGUCGCGGGUGAAGGGGGGAUGGCGCCCGGAGGUUCGGUUAAUACACCUCAGGGCCUGAUCAACCUGUGGUCUAACAACGCUGGCGACGGUGGGGAUGGGCGCAGCGGGUUUGCUAACGGAGGUGCCGGAGGUGUUGCGCUUUGAGAGAUGGUUUCAACACAUCUAGUCGACACAGUCUAUACCCCUCAGUCUUUGUAUCCUUAGUUCAGCCAAACGGUGUCAACAUCUUUCCGUCAUUUAUUUGAUAUAUCAUCAGAUGAAUAUUUCAGAACGGGGCGAUUUACAGUGAUUCGGAGGAGUGAAUUUGAUUCUUAUAAACAGAACAUGCUCGUGCACGAGACCCAAAAUGUAAUAUGUUAGAAGAGGGGAGAAAGACACUUAUUUCAUCUGAUAAAGAGCAGAUAAUAAGAAACGAAGUGCACAGGGGAUCAGAGAUAAAACUUGCAUAGAAACACUGUGAUUGGAAGUGUACGGUGGCAAUAAGCACGAGCGAGGAUAAUUGGUAGAUUGAAAGAAAACUAUAAGCGAACUUAUCUGCGCAAGCCGAUCUACAGAGCAGGAGCAUAUGUUACAACCUUUAACCGAUUAAGCACCGCCCUGUCCUCCAGGGGCAGCGCCGGCCUGUCCAGCCGCAGCCUGUUGGCCAUAGUAGCCUCCCCAAUAAUUGCCGUAGUAGGAGUUCAUAUCGGCACCAGCAGGCCACUGUCCCUGUGCCCCUGCCGCAGCGGCUCCGGUAGCAUCCGUCGGCGAUUGCGCACCUGUCAGGGCCAUCGCUGCACCCGCUGCGCCAGCUUGAGGUGUGGGCAUACCCGGGGUAGCGCCCCCAGCGGCACCAAAUCCGCUGUAUCCGUAUUGGCCGUACGUGUUCGGCUGGGGCAUACCAUACAUGGGCAUGCUGCCAUAGGGGCUGGCGCUGGCAACAGGGCUCAAAGGAGCACCGGCUCCCCCAUCCGCCCUGUCCUUGCCCCAACUGCAUUUGAUUGGGCGACCAUGCACCAUCUGUCCCUGCAAUUGCACGAUAGCCAUCGCGGCGUGCUCGUGCGUAUCGAGCUUCACGAAGGCGAAUCCGCGAUCGGCCUGCAUCCGGAUCUCCUGCAGAUAACCAAUCGACUGAAAGAGGGGGAUCAAAUCCGCCUGGGUGGUGUAGGGCACCAGAUUGCCGACAUAGACGGUCGAGUUGUAUUGGGGCGUCUGCGACACGACAGACUCGUACGUGAGCGGGCCACCCUGGAAGUUGAUGGGUGCCGGAGCUCCACCUCCAGUAACACUAGCAGGGCGACCAGCCGGGGGCGCGCCCUGAGUCUUCUGGUUUGCCCAGUUAACCCGGAUAGCGCGGGAUCCGAGCCAUUCGCCAUUCAUGGUGGCGAUCGCCUGCUCCGCGUCAGUCUUGUCGCGGAAAGCCAGGAAACCAUAACCACGAGACUUCCCAGAGUUCAUAUCCCACAUCACACGGGCAUCUGAAAGGGUACCGAAGGCGGAGAAGGCCUUGGCGAGGACAUCGUCGUUGACUUCGGGGGACAGAUCGCCGACGAAGACGUGAUAGUGGUUGGAGGUAUCCUCCUUGUUCUGGUUGCCCUGGUAAGCCCAGUUGACACGGAUUUCCGUGUCGAAGAUUUUGCGUCCGUUGAGGGUCUGCAGGGCCGUCUCCGCCGCACGCAUAUCCAUGUACUCGACGAAUCCGUAGUUGAGACCGCCAUGCUGGUAGUUGCGAUCAGGGAUGAUUUUGACGUGCUGAACCGGGCCCGCGACGGCGAAAAUUUCGGUGAGCAUAUACUCGGUCACCCGAGGACUCAGAUUGCCGACGUAAAGGUGAGCGCGCCUGGGUGCCUCAGCUGCUCCCAUCCCCAUUCCACCAGACAUAUCCAUCAUGAUUUUAAACAGAGAUAACUGAAAUCGUCAGACCGUAUAUCGUGUAUGCGACUGGGCGCGGGGACGUCGGGCGAUAUAGACAGCGAUUACAAUAGGAAACCGAUAUCUGCAGAGAGCAAGGGAGACUGAACGGAAAGAAAAACAAGUCCGACAGAGGAUAGAGACGAGAGGAAUGAGACAGAGAUAGACAGGAAACGGAGAAAGAGGAAAACAGACAGAAAUUCACCAGCAC